AUGCCUCUGCCCAAGAAUGGUGUGAACGGCGUUAGUGUGAACGGCGUUAGUGUGAACGGCGUUAGUGUGAACGGCGUUAGUGUGAACGGCGUUACGGGGAACGGCCCCGGCGGGCAGAGCACGAGGUCACCGCGCCGGCUCCUGCCCGGGGCUGCCGUGCUCGGCCCGUCCUACCGAGCCCCGCUCUCAGCCCCCGCGGCCGCUGCCACCGCCAUCCGCCGCUUGCCUCGCUCUCCGUCGCCCCGGCUCCCGUGCCCACGGGCCGCAUCCCGGCCUCCCACCGCCCCCGGGCCCUGCCCGCCGCCGCGGCCCUCACCCCGCGCUGGCCCAGGCGCCGCUCGCCGCCCCCGGGCCCCGCCGCCGCCCCGGCCCGGCCGGCCCGGCCCUCCCCGCACUCACGGCCCCGCCCGCCGCUCCGGUCUGUUUGUGCCGCGCCGAAGUUCCGAGCGGGCCGACAACGGAGACAGGCCCGAGCUCGUGACGCACUUCCGGGAGCCGUCGGGCACGCCCACGUGA